CCAUCCCCCAACUCUAAGCCCAAGAAACUUUGGAUUCAAAUCCUCUUAGUACUUUUAGUUGGUUCGCUUAUCACAACGCCGACCUUCAUCAAUGAGUAACGAUCAAUUUCUUGAAGAAAUUUGGCUAAAGCUCUCCCAGGUUGCUGUCACAGGUGCCCAAUACAACUCUGGUGAACGUUUGCCCCACCCGAAAUGUUUGAAUGGGACCCGAGUUGAUCUCCUCAAAUACAUCCACGAAUUAUUGGAUGACCCAGAGAAAAAUCAACUGAUUUGGCUGCAUGGCACGGCUGGUGUCGGAAAGUCUGCCGUCGCGUUUACAGUUGCUGAAACGAUGAGAGGUCUCAAAGUGACCGAAGAGACACCAGGAACAUUCUUUUUCUCGCGCAAGUACACAAAGCGUUGCACAGCUGGACAUUUCUUUGCGACGCUUGCCUACCAGCUUGCCACCAAUUUUCCAAGCAUCCGGAUGGACGUGAGCAGAGCGAUCCGCAACAAUCCUGCACUACUAAACCCGGAUACGCCUCUCCGCGACCAGAUGGAGGCUCUCUUUCUCCAACCCCUCCGCAGACUUCGACUCAGAUUUCCGGGAUGUCCGCCUUUGACGUUUGUUGUCGAUGCGCUUGAUGAAUGCACAUCUAAACCCGAGAUUACUGAUCUCAUCCUUUCCCUUGCACAGGCUCUUCGUGAGCCUGACCUUCCCGUGACCCAUAUUCUACUCACAAGUCGCUCGGAAUCCCAUAUCCAUAAAGCCUUCCAGAACGAAGAGGUGCGCCCGUUGGUGCGCGAGAUAUCCGUGAGAACUUCUGGGGAUGGCAUUUCGUUGGACGGCGUAGAUGUUGACAACGACAUCUGUACUUUCUUGCAGCAUUCCUUUGAAGAGCUGGAAAGUCGCCAUCCCGAUUUCCCUAAGCUAUCGAUGGAUGAUCUUGCGAAGCUGGCGAGCCGAGCGGGCAGACGUUUCAUUGUAGCGUCUACGAUGAUGAAGUUUAUUAUCGACGAUGAAGACAAGGAUCCCCGCGAUCGAUUGCAGCUGAUGCUCAAGCUGACGAGCAAGCUGCUACCAGGAACGGAGGUGUACAAGUUUUACGACUGUAUCCUCUCAACAUGUGCCGACCCCAAGCGUGCUUACAUGCACUUGUCCAUUGUUGCUGCCCUCACAGACCCUCUUCCCAUUUCGCAAAUCUCAUCACUUCUUGGCCCUGGUUUAGGCAGGGAUGUGCAGACAACGUUGAUACAGCUACGGUCUUUCGUGGAUAUCCCUGGAGACAGCAUUCUCCCUGUGAAUAUCCAUCACUCGUCCAUUCGUGACUACGUUUUCAACUCCUCAAACUCCAGCAUCCCUCAAGUCCGCGAACACGAUAUGCCAUCACCCCACUCCCUGCUCGCUGAUUCCUCUUUUCGCUUGAUGAUGAAAGAGAUUCCUGAAAGCACGGCCCUCUUGGAUGCGCUCUCAGGACUGAUGGAGCAGAGCCAUGCAAUGCAACAUAUGGACCACAGUACAUUAAAAAACCAAUUAGCCUUCCUCGUUCGGCCACCCGAGCCAGUGUCUGUUCUUAUCUGCAUGCUAUGGCUUCGAGGUGAUCGCCGGUCAGAUAUGCAAUUCUGGUUAAAGACCAUGGAUGGGAGUGCCUGGCUACAGACCUGGAAUGGGCAAUGCUGGCUGAAGACCCGGGAGGGACGAGAGUGGCUGCUGCGUACCCAGGGAGGACGAGAGUGGCUGCAGACCGAGGCAGGAAUAGCCUGGCAGGUCUCUGUCUCGGUCUCAGACUCAGACUCAGACUCAAGCAUGCCACCAUUACAACCCCCCGUUUCAGACUCGGAGUCCGACGGUCGGACGUUGGACAGUCGGAUAUCCAAAGAUCGAGAUGUCUUCGACUCUUCAGAUCCUUCAGAUUGGUAUACAAGCCAGGAAGAGGAUGACCAGGUGCAGUUGUGGCGCAGGCCAGAUUGGCUGCAGACCCAGGAAGGGCAAAGCUGGCUGCAGACCAAGGAAGGAUGGGACUGGUUGCGGACCGCGGGAGGACGAGACUGGCUGACUCGGAGAACUAGGGGAGGGCGACGCUGGCUGAAGACUAAGGGAGGGCGACGCUGGCUGCAGACCCAGGCAGGAAGGGGCGGCUGGCUGCAAACUGAGGGAGGACGGGACUGGCUGAAAAGUCAGACAGGACGAGACUGGCUGGCUCGGAGAUCUAGGGGAGGGCGAAUUUGGCUGAAGACCAAGGGAGGGCGACGCUGGCUGCAGACCCAGGAAGGAAGGGACUGGCUGCAAACUGAGGGAGGAAGGGACUGGCUGAAAAGUCGGAAAGGACGAGACUGGCUGAAAAGUUUGGCAGGACGGGAUUGGCUGCAGAGUCGGGCAGGACAGGACUGGCUGCAGACUCGUGCAGGAUGGGACUGGCUGCAGACUCAUGCAGGAUGGGACUGGCUGCAGACCCAAGCAGGACGGAACUGGCUGCAGACCAAGGUAGGACGAGACUGGCUGCAGACCAAGGCAGGACGAGACUGGCUGAAGUCUCCGGACGGGCCAGACUGGCUGAAAUCCCCAGACGGGCAGGACUGGCUGCAGACGUCCCAUGUUCAAGCGUGGAAAUCCACUCCUGCGGCGUCCGUCUGGGUGACUUUGGACGAAUUCUCAAGUAUGUUGGAAGCAAUCACCCAGUUUAUCAUUGUCCAAGAAUUACGUCUGCUACCAACCUUUCAAGUGGUCCAGCAGUUCAAAAGCUUGCCGGACUUCUUGAUGUUCCCAGUAUUCCUUGCAUUAAGCCACCAGCAUCAUUCCACUGUAUCAUCAACAUAUCGAUCACCAAACAGGAAAAUCGUUCAUCCACCAGACAGGAAGAUCGUUCGUGCUAUGAACGCCUUCAUGACUUUCGCACACAACGCACAGCGCACCAGUCAAUUAUCUUCCGAUACUCUCAAGUACGCCUGUCAAAACUGGGCCACUCAUCUCUCGCGUGCUCCAGAUCCACGGGAUGAAACGCUCAACUACAUAUUCCAGGCUUUCUGGGAUCGUUACCUCCUUUCCUGGCUCGAAUGGCAGUGGUGUUCAAAAGGUCUGCGGUCAUGCCUUGUCAUCUUAUCUGAAGGGCAGAAACUUGUUAAGUGUAUUCCAGGACCCUGAGAGGAGACUGGUUUCCGGAAGUUGGCUCUGAAACAUGGCUCAUUCCAAACCUUUUAUACCUUUUAUGUUGAUAGCGGCUUACGACUGUCUCUUACAUCUCCUUUUCCUCCUCGCUCAGUUAUCAGCUUGCAGUCUUGAUUGCCAAGGGUUUGUUCGACUCAUUCAGGAUAUACUAAAUAGAUACAUGUAAAUUCAGUACCAGUGGUUUGACUCACCGCGUUUCUUUAA